UGGAUGGCCCAUGGAACCAGGCAGACAUGAGCGCAGGAGACUACGAAAGCAGUGACUACUUCAUGCGCAGUCGGAAGAAUCGGGAGAAGCCGUCGCUAUGGGAUUCCUUCCAGGACCCGCCGUCCAAGAAGACGAGCGGCUCCGAUGCCGACUGGAGGAAGCUCCAGUUCUGCCUUAAGCUCUUCAAGCUCUGCAUCUACCUCCUUGUCUUCGCGGUUGUUCUGGCCACCAGCGUGUUCGCCAAGUUGGCUUAUCUCUACAUGGCCGGAAAUACAGGUGGCACCGGGCCACGAGUGCAAGUGUGCAGCAAGUAUCUUCUCCGCCACGGCCAGGUGGAGGCGGCACCCAGCGAGCUGGACCAAAUCGCUUGGGUCUGGGCCCUGAUCUUCGCCUUUGCCGCCCCCGAGCUGUUCACCUUCCUGCGCGCCCUGCGCAUCUGCAUGUUCAAGCGCGAGCAGCGACCCAGCGGACUGGAAGUGGGACUGGUCACGCUCUUUGAACUCCUGCACGUCGUGGGCCUGGCCCUGCUCACCUUCACCGUGCUGCCGGCCCUGGAUGUGACGCGUGGAGCGAUUCUGGGCUGCUGCGUCUGCUUUGUGCCCGCCCUGCUUAACUUGCUGACGGGAACGCGGGUGCACUGGAGGUCGGCGGACAGUCUGGUCCUCGGGCUCUCCAUCCUGGCCCUGGUGGCGCAGGGCAGCGUCUUCCUGGUCUGGCCCUCGCUGAGCGACAGUCUGGAGGUCCAGCUGCUGGCCAUUCCGCUGCUCCUCAUCUCGUUUCGCUGGUGGGAGAACUUCGCCAACACUCACGAGGCCAUCGCCUACAUCAUCCGCACAAUCCGCUGUACCCGAUCCCGAUACCACACUUACCUCUACCUGGCGCCUUUGAAGGUCGUGGUUUUCGCGGGAAUGGGCUUUAUCCUGCACGGCCAGGAAUUCGUGGAGUACUUCAGUCUGUUCCGGGAUGCCUGGCGGCCGCAUCUCAUUACGCUGGUGCAGUCUGGUGGUGACCCCGAUGCGCUGCUUUCAGCACAGGCGAACCUAUCAAUCACAGCCCCUCCACUCAGGACGCAGUUCACCAUGCAGUCCAGUCCGAAUGCGGUGUUCUACGCAUUGGGGGCCCAGGUGGGCGCGGCGUACCUGUGCCACGUGUUCGGUAAGUUCGCCUGCAAAAUCAAGAUCCAGAAGUUCAGCUACGCGCUGCCCCUCAGCCUGGCAGGACCCGUCUCCGUCUGCCUGGCCACCUUUCUGGCCCAGCUGCGGGCCUCGGACCCGUGCUCCCUGCACGGCCUCCUGCCGGACUAUCUCUCGGUCCUGGCACUGGGCCGGAGUGUGGAUGAGCUGGGCCAGAGAUGCCUCGACUACGCGCUCUGGCUGUGGCCGCUGUGGUGGCUGGCCCAGGUCUGGACCUGCCUGCACAUCUGGCAGCCUCACAACGACAGGAACGCCCCGACCGAGAAGCUAUUCGUGUGUCCCUGGUAUUGCGGCCUGCUGGUGGACCAGUGCGCGAUGAUGAACCGGCGGAUCGUGGACUGGAGCGAGGAGUACUUGGCCAUCAAGAGCGACCUAACCGCGCCGAGGGAUCCUGUGGUGGCUCUGGCAGCCGACAUCAAUGCCAGCCGGGACAUCCUAGAGGAGGACAAGGUGCCGCAGCUGAUAGUGUGCGCCACCAUGUGGCACGAGACCGAGGACGAGCUGAUGGAGUUCCUCAAGUCAAUUGUCCGCUUGGAUGAGGAUCAAUGCGCCCGCCGCAUGGCCAGGACCCACCUCAACGGCGGCAAGGCGGACGACGAGUACUAUGAAUUGGAAACCAACAUCUUCUUCGACGAUGCAUUCGUUUCGGAUCCGCGGCAGUGCCAGAACAAGCGUAACCCACCCAUCAACGAGUACGUGAAGACCCUGAUCCGAACCAUCGACAAGGCCGCCUUUGAGGUCUACGGAGUGAACAUCCGCAUAAAAGCCCCUCUGAAGAUCGAGACUCCCUACGGGGGCCGCUUGGUGUGGACGCUGCCAGGACGCACCAAAAUGGUGGCCCACUUGAAGAACAAGGACAAGAUCCGGCACAAGAAGCGCUGGUCGCAGGUCAUGUACAUGUACUAUCUGCUGGGAUAUCGGAUCAUGGAGACGAAGCAGCUGUCGCCCCGUCGAAAGGCGGUUAUUGCAGAGAACACCUUUAUCUUGGCCCUGGACGGAGAUAUAGACUUCCAGCCACGGGCUGUGCAGCUGCUGAUCGACCGGAUGAAGGCGGUGGACGAGCUUGGAGCUGCCUGCGGUCGGAUUCACCCGGUGGGAAGGGGUCCGAUGGUGUGGUACCAGAGAUUCGAGUACGCCAUUGGACACUGGCUGCAAAAGGCGACGGAGCAUGUGAUCGGUUGCGUGCUCUGCAGUCCGGGAUGCUUCAGUCUGUUCCGGGCCAGCGCACUGAUGGAGAACAGCGUGAUGAAGCGGUACACGAUGAUCAGCUCGGAGGCGAUGAAGAUGGUGCAGUACGACCAGGGAGAGGACCGCUGGCUGUGCACUCUGCUCCUGAAGGCCGGCUCCCGGGUGGAGUACUGCGCCGCCUCGGAUGCGUAUACCCACGCGCCCGAGAGCUUUAACGAGUUCUACAACCAGCGGCGUCGUUGGGUGCCCUCCACCAUAGCUAACAUCUUCGAUAUCCUGGCGGAUGCAGACACUGUGGUGAAGAAGAACAACUCCAUAUCAACCAUGUACGUGUGGUACCAGGGAAUGCUGAUGAUUGGAACCGUGCUGGGACCGGGCACCAUAUUCCUCAUGAUGGUGGGCGCCUUGGUGGCCGUCUUUUCCAUUGACAUCUGGACCGCUUUCCUCUGGAAUUUCUUUCCCAUUAUCUCCUUCAUUCUGGCCUGUGUCUACCUCAAACAGAAGAUUCAACUGCUGAUAGCGUUCGUCAUAAGCUCUAUUUACUGCCUGGUCAUGAUGGCAGUCCUCAUCGGCAUCAUUGUCCAGAUGCUGGAGGACGGGCCACUGGCUCCUGCAUCGCUGUUCUUUCUGCUCGUAGCUGUCCAGAUCACAAUUGCAGGCUUCAUGCAUCCGCAGGAGUUCUGGGCAUUGCUGUGCGGGGUUAUCUACUACAUCACAAUCCCCUCCAUGUACAUGCUCCUCAUGAUCUUUUCUGUGUUCAACAUGAACGACGUUUCGUGGGGCACUCGAGAGGCGCCAGUGCUCAAGGACGACGGCAAGGACGCAGAAGAAGAAGCAGAUAACUACCUGCCAGGCUGGCUGAAUGAUCCGCUGUUGAUAGACUCGGAGCUGGGCGAAGUGUCGCUGAUGGAGCAGAGAUUCUGGAAGGAUCUGAUCAAGCUGUAUCUGAAGCCACUGGAACUGAGCAGGGAGCAGAAGCAGGCAAUGGCCGACGGACUUAAGGAGCUGAGAAACAUGAUCGCUUUUGCCUUUGUGAUGGUGAAUGCGAUCUUUGUGCUCAUUGUGUUCCUGCUGCAGUUGAAAAAGGAGUUCCUGCACCUCAAGUGGCCCAUUGAUCCCACAGACUUUGUGUCCUUCGACAGGGACAACCUGAUGGUUGGCAUCUACAGACAGUACAAAGAACUGGAUCCAAUUGGCCUGUGCUUUGUGAUUUUCUUUGGACUGAUCCUGAUCAUCCAGUUCCUGGCGAUGUUCUUCCACCGCUUCGCUACGCUCUGCCAGCUGCUGGCCACCACCCAGGUGGACUGGUUCCGAACCGGAGGACAGUUUACUGACGAGGAUGCCGCCACCGAGCUGAAGGGCAGUGCUGUCAGUAUAGCCCGGAAGUUGCAGCGACCCAAGAGGCUCUUCGACGAUGAGGACGCGGACCCCCACUACGACGAGGUAUUGACGGAUUCCCUGGAAGGGGAGCACAUGGAGAGCAUGGUGCGCCGGCAGACGAUCUUUCGGCUGCACGAGACCCGGGACAAGCAGCACAGCGACUACAGCAAUCUGGUGGCCAACUUCGAACGCCGUUUCUUGGGAGACGAUGAGCUGAACCUCAAGAAUCUGGCGCUCAACCGGAAGUCAGUGAAGCUCCUGCAGGCACGUCGCUCAGCGGCCAAGGUCAAUGCAGCGGCCACGCCCGAGGGCACGCCCACUCCGAAGGCUGGCAAGCGUCCGCCUCUGAUGCCGAUGGCCAAGAAGGUGAGCUUCACGGCCUCGAACCAGAACAGUAUGGCCAUCUACGACAACGGCGGGUACGAGCACACCGAGUUCUAGGAAGGUCAAGCAGAUGAGCUACUUGGGAAACCAGAGAAUCUUGUAAAGUGCUUAUGUCUGGGUAGUAUCUCUAAACAUUAUUCGCGAAUAGAGUGUCUAGCUUACAUUUCUUAUCCGUACAUACCCACAUUAAUCAAUACCCUAAUUAAUAUGUAUUAUACGGUUCAAAGCCAUCAAAACACCCCUUAUAUUUGCAUAUCAUUAUGCGAUUAUAUAAUCGAAUCCCCAAGUUCCUUGGUGGCAUAAAAAAUAUAAUUAAUUGCAUUUAACU